AUGGAGAAGUCCAGCAACCACGCCAGCAACACCAGCACUAUCAAGAAGCUAGUCGGGCGCCUUCGUGGAAGUAGUGCAAGCGCGCCGAACACUCCGCCAAGGGAAGACGACGAUGCAGGCCAUUUAUCACGACCGCCAUCCUUCCGAAUCCAUACGCCUCGAAUGUCCAGGUCCCCCGACUCGCAAUGCAGUUCGUCGACGAAGAAACGACGAGGCAAAAAUGGCCAUAAAGUACGAGACGCUCAACAGGCUUUGGAGUUGUGGAACGGCGCAUACGACGCCUUGCGAGACGACCCUAGCUGCACCGGACUAGUUAUUGCGUACGAGAACAUCAUAUCACAGGAGCUGCCAGAUCGCCUGAAAAUGGGCGGCCUAAACUCGUCGUUCCGGGGCAAGACGGCCGACCAGAGGUUAGAAUUACUGACAGCCAUUACCUCGGCGGGGCUCGAGAAACGGAGAGGCUCCAAAUCCAGUCAAGCCGACGAUGUUGCCAAGAUAAUACUGGACGCUGCGAGGGAGCAGGUUGAAUCGGUUCUUCCGGAAUACCAGGCCGCAUCAGUGGCAUGGACGGGGUUUUGCACAUUAACACCGCUCCUACUAGACCCGAUAGUAAAUCGGGACAAUUUCAGAACCGGCCUGGUGCACGUCGUUGGUCGUAUAUCGUGGUACAUGCAUCUUGCACAGUUGCUCCUCACGAGCUCGUGGGAGUCGGACCAGAAGUUUCGAGAGCAGCAAAGCGCAGUCAGAGAGAAACUAGUCAAACUUUACCGAAAGGUACUGGAGCUUGAGAUGAACUGCGUGUGCGCAACGGCGAGUGCCUGGAACACGGCGGCUAAAAACGUAGUUGGCUGGAAUACGAUGGAUAAGUUGGUCACGACUCUUCUGGACCUUGACGAGCAAGUGGUGGGAAUCGUCAAAAACCAUUGUGCAGGAAGAAUGCAGGAGAACAUUUUGGAACAGUACAGAGACUUAGACACGUCUUCGCCACGGCAAAGUGAUAGUGGCGUAGAUGCGGCAAACCGCCAUCCACUGCAAGUCACGCAGGUAGCAGGCUAA